AUGACUUCCAUGAAACCAAUCUUCUGUGCUACCCACCCCAGAGCUUGCUCUACCGCAUUCGAAAGAGUCUUUAUGACUCGCGAUGAUGUCCUUGCCUGCGUUCACGAACCCUUUGGAGAUGCAUUCUACUUUGGUCCCGAGAGACUUAGCCCGAGAUAUGAGGAUGAUGAAGCCGCGCGCCAGGAGAGUGGUUUCGCAGAUAGUACAUAUAAGACAAUUUUCGAGAGAAUUGAGAAGGAAGGAAAAGAGGGUAAACGACUAUUCAUCAAAGAUAUCAUUCACUACCUUGUACCUCCUCAAGGGAAACCAGCAUCAAUUGCUCCCUCGCUCGGAGGUAAAAGUGUCAAGAAGGGCGUCGGCACUAAUGGCGAAACAAAUGGGGUAAAUGGGGUGUCAAACGGGGAAACCAAUGGGGUCAACGGCCACACAAAUGGCCAUACCAAUGGACACACUAACGGCACCACCGCCAAAGCUCCAUAUCCAUACAACACCGUCGCCGAGCCCGGAAAUCCCACCGUCGUCCCCGCCGAAAUCCUCAAACAAUUCCACUUCACCUUCCUCAUCCGCCAUCCCCGCUCCAGCAUCCCCUCCUACUUCCGCUGCACCAUUCCUCCCCUAGACAAAGUAACCGGCUUCUACAACUUCAUGCCCGAAGAAGCUGGUUACGAUGAACUCCGUCGCGUCUUCGAUUUCCUACGUUCCAAGGACCAAGUUGGUCCCCACAUCGCCAGAACCCCCGAGUCUGAGGCCGAGAAUCUGAAAGAUGGGGAAGUGAGUAUCACGGUUAUUGACGCAGAUGAUCUGUUGGAUAAUCCAGAGGGUAUCAUUAAAGCGUAUUGUCGAGAGGUGGGCUUGGAAUAUAAUGCCAACAUGUUGAUUUGGGAUACCGAGGAACAUCAUGAGAAAGCGCGAGAGGCGUUUGAGAAAUGGAGGGGCUUUCAUGAUGAUGCGAUUAACUCUUCCAGUUUGAAGGCGAGGGAACAUAAAAAGAAACCCAAGACCGUAACCCAAGAAAACGAAGAAUGGACCGAGAAAUACGGCGCGGAUGCGGCGAAAAUUAUUCGGGAAACGGUGGAUGCGAAUCUUGAAGAUUAUGAAUAUUUGAAAAAUUUUGCGGUUAAGGUUUAG